AUAGAUCUUACUUACAUUUGAGAAAACAACAUAUAAGGCCUAUGUGGAAUGACAUUUUACAGGUCAGGUGAAUCUCUGGUAGUUUUAAGAAUGUUUUCGAUGUGUUUUAGUUGGUGCGCAUAUACAGUUUAGGUGCGCUGGUCCUGGAUUUUCCUCCGGAAUUGUCACUAUGUCCCGCUUUAUUGAAAUGAAAGAGUAUGGGGAAGCAGCCUUGUUCCUCCGUCUUACCAACUUGGAAGCAUUGGCCGCACGGACCCUGGCUUUUGAUGGUACAAAACGAGUGUGGAUCCCAGAUGAGACGGAGGCUUACGUCGAGGCAGAGAUUAAAAAACUGGAUGGUGACAAAGCUACAGUGGAGACUAAAGAUGGAAGGACUUUGGUCGUUAAGGAGGAUGACAUUCAACAGAUGAACCCUCCAAAGUUUGACAUGAUUGAGGACAUGGCCAUGCUGACUCACCUCAAUGAAGCCUCUGUGCUUUUCAAUCUUACCAGGCGCUACAGUAUGUGGAUGAUCUAUACCUACUCCGGGUUGUUCUGUGUGACAAUCAAUCCAUAUAAGUAUCUUCCUGUCUAUUCAUCCAAAGUGAUUGCUGCCUACAAAGGCAAGAGGCUGAGUGAGACUCCACCCCAUAUCUACGCCAUAGCUGACAACGCCUAUAAUGACAUGCUCCGCGAUCGAGAGAAUCAAUCCAUACUUAUCACCGGAGAAUCCGGUGCUGGCAAAACAGUCAACACGAAACGUGUAAUUCAGUAUUUUGCCAUUGUAGCAGCCCUGGGUGAUACUGCAAAGAAAGGAGGUACAUUAGAGGACCAGAUCAUUGCAGCCAACCCAGCCAUGGAGGCUUUUGGUAAUGCCAAAACAUUGAGGAACGACAACUCCUCUCGAUUUGGCAAAUUCAUCAGGAUCCACUUUGGUCCUGGAGGGAGAGUUGCCUCUGCAGAUAUAGAUAUAUAUCUUCUGGAGAAGUCCAGAGUAGCCUUUCAGCAGCCUGGAGAGAGAAGCUAUCACAUCUACUACCAGAUAUUAUCACACAAGAAACCAGAGCUUCAGGACAUGUUGUUGAUUUCCACCAAUCCCUUCGACUACCACUUUUGCUCCCAGGGUGUGACAACUGUGGAGAACGUGAAUGAUGGGGAGGAACUGUUGGCCACAGAUCAUGCUAUGGACAGUCUAGGCUUCUCUCAUGAGGAGAAGUAUGGCUGCUAUAAAAUAGUGGGGGCCAUCAUGCACUUUGGCAACAUGAAAUUUAAGAAGGUUCAGAGAGAGGAGCAAGCAGAGGCCGACGGCACUGAAAGUGCGGACAAAGCCUCUUAUCUCAUGGGGAUCAGUUCAGCUGACCUCAUCAAAGGACUGCUGCACCCACGGGUCAAAGUGGGGAACGAGUACAUCACCAAGGGUCAGACUGUUGAGCAGGUGAACUACUCAGUCGGAGCUCUAGCCAAGUCCACCUACGACCGCAUGUUCAAGUGGAUGGUUGGUCGGAUCAACAGAAGCCUCUACAUGGCCCUGCCUCGCCAGUUCUACAUCGGCGUACUAGACAUUGCAGGGUUUGAGAUCUUCGAGUUCAACAACUUUGAGCAGCUGUGCAUCAACUAUACCAAUGAGAAACUGCAACAGUAUUUCAACCACCACAUGUUCAUCAUGGAGCAGGAGGAGUAUAAAAGGGAGGGUAUUGAGUGGACAUUCAUUGACUUUGGCCUGGAUUUACAAGUCUGUAUCAACCUCAUAGAAAAGUCUAUGGGCAUACUGUCCAUCCUGGAGGAAGAAUGCAUGUUUCCAAAGGCCACUGAUAUCAGCUUUAAGACCAAGCUAUAUGACAACCAUGUGGGCAAGUCCCCCAAUUUCCUGAAACCACGGCCUGACAAGAAACGCAAAUAUGAGACCCACUUUGAGCUGGUGCACUAUGCUGGAGUGGUGCCAUACAACAUCAGUGGAUGGCUUGACAAAAACAGAGACCCCUUAAAUGAGACAGUUGUCAACUGCUUCCAGAAAUCGUCAAAUAAACUGUUAGCGAGCCUUUUUGAGAACUUCAUCAGUAGCGACGCAGUUGCUGAUCCCAAGACAGCGACCAAAGGGAAGAGGAGGAAAGGGGCGUCGUUCCAGACCGUGUCUCAGCUUCACAAGGAAAAUCUGAACAAGCUGAUGGCCAAUCUACGCAGUACCCAACCUCACUUUGUGCGUUGCAUUAUCCCCAAUGAGACCAAGACGGCAGGGCUGAUGGAUCCAUUUCAGGUCCUCCACCAGUUGCGGUGUAAUGGAGUAUUGGAGGGAAUCCGUAUCUGCAGGAAGGGCUACCCCAACCGGGUCGUUUAUGCAGAGUUCAAACAACGGUACCGCAUCCUGAACACACAGGCCAUCCCUGAGGAUUCCUUUGUGGAUAGCAGAAAGGCUGUGGAGAAGCUGCUAGGCUCCCUGGAUAUCGAUCACACCCAGUACAAGUUCGGAAUCACCAAGGUGUUCUUCAAGGCCGGGCUGCUGGGCUGUCUGGAGGACAUGAGGGACGAGAAGCUGUCCGAGAUCCUUACCAGGAUGCAGGCUAUGCUGAGGGGCAAGCUCAUGAGAAUGGAGAGACAGAGGAUGAUGGAGGAGAAAGAAGCUCUUGAGGUGAUCCAGUGGAAUAUCCGGGCAUUUGCAGCGGUGAAGAACUGGCCAUGGAUGAAGCUGUUCUUCAAGCUCAAACCUCUCUUGAGAUGUGCAACGGCAGAAAAGGAGCUGGUCGCCCUUAAGGAGGAGUUUGCUAAACUGAAGGAUUUGUUUGAUAAGUCGGAGGCCAAGCGCAAGGAGGUCGAGGAGAGACAGGUGGCCUUGAUCCAGGAGAAGAACGAUUUGGCCCUGCAGCUUCAAGCAGAACAGGACAACCUUGCGGAUGCUGAGGACCGUUGUGAUCUGCUGAUCAAGGCCAAGCUGCAACUAGAGGCAAAGGUCAAGGAGUUAACAGAAAGACUGGAGGACGAGGAGGAGAUGAACGCCAGCCUGACUGCCAAAAAACGCAAGCUGGAGGAUGAGUGUGUAGAGCUGAAGAAAGACAUUGAUGACCUGGAGAUCACCUUGGCCAAGGUGGAGAAGGAGAGACAUGCCACAGAGAACAAGGUGAAAAACCUAAUAGAAGAGAUCAGUGUUCUGGAUGAGUCCAUCCUCAACCUGACCAAGGAGAAGAAAGCUCUGCAGGAUGCCCACCAGCAGGCCCUGACUGACCUACAGGCGGAGGAGGACAAGGUCAACAUGCUAAGCAAGGGCAAGGUCAAGCUGGAGCAGCAAGUAGAUGAUUUGGAAGGUUCCUUGGAACAAGAGAAGAAGGUGCGUAUGGAUCUGGAGCGUGUCAAACGAAAGCUGGAGGGCGAUCUGAAACUGUCCAUGGACUCUGUCAUGGACCUGGAGAAUGACAAGCAGCAACUAGAAGAAAAACUGAAAAAAAAAGACUUUGAAAUGAGUCAAUUCAGUUCAAAGCUAGAAGAUGAGCAGGCCGUAGUUAUUCAGCUCCAAAAGAAAAUAAAGGAAUUGCAGACUCGUAUCGAAGAGGUGGAGGAGCAGUUAGAGGCGGAGAGGUUGUGGAGGACCAAGGCAGAGAAGCAACGUGGCGAUGUGUCCCGAGAGCUGGAGGAGCUUAGUGAGAGGCUGGAAGAAGCCGGUGGUGCCUCGGCCGCUCAGAUUGCCAUGAAUAAGAAGCGUGAACAAGACUUUGUGAAGAUGCGGCGAGACCUAGAAGAGUCAGCGCUCCAUCAUGAGGCCACAACAGCUGCCCUGAGGAAGAAGCAUGCUGACAGCGUAGCAGAACUUGGAGAGCAGAUUGACAUCCUGCAGCGUGUCAAACAGAAACUGGAGAAGGAGAAGGCGGAGUACAGGAUGGAGGCAGAGGACCUGGCCUCUAACCUGGAGCAGCUCUCCAAGGCCAAGGCUUCCACAGAGAAGAUGUGUCGUCUGUAUGAAGAUCAGAUGAACGAGGCCCGGGCCAAAGCAGAAGAGCUCCAGAGACAACUGACUGAUGUCACCAACCAGAGAGCCCGCGCUGUCACAGAGAGCUCGGAGUACAGCCGCAGGCUGGAGGAAAGGGAGGCUAUUGUUAGUCAGCUGCAGCGCAGUAAGAGCUUCUACAGCCAGAACACUGAAGACCUGAAGAAACAGCUGGAGGAGGAAAACAAGGCUAAGAAUGCCCUGGCCCAUGCCGUCCAGUCCUCAAGACACGACUGUGACCUGCUGAGGGAGCAGUAUGAGGAAGAGCAGGAGGCCAAGGCAGAGCUGCAGCGGGCCCUAGCCAAGGCUAAUACUGAAGUAGCUCAGUGGAAGACCAAGUAUGAGAUUGAUGCCAUCCAGAGGACUGAGGAGUUGGAGGAAGCCAAGAAGAAGCUUACAGUGCGUCUGCAAAACACUGAAGAGGCAGUGGAGACAUCUCAUGCUAAAUGUUCUUCUCUGGAGAAGACCAAGCACCGUCUGCAGAUAGAGAUCGAAGACUUGAUGGUGGACCUGGAACGCUCUAAUGCUGCCGCCCUAGCACUGGACAAGAGACAGCGCAACUUUGAUAAGGUGCUGUCAGACUGGAGGCAGAAGUAUGACGAGUGUCAGUGCGAGCUGGAAAGCUCUCAGAAGGAGUCUCGCAGUCUGAGCACUGAGCUCUUCAAGUUGAAGAACUCCUAUGAAGAGGCCAUCGAACACCUGGAAACAGUCAAACGUGAGAACAAGAACCUGCAAGAGGAGAUAGCUGACCUGGCUGACCAGAUCAGCCAUGGUGGAAAGACGAUCUACGAACUGGAGAGGGUGAAGAAGGUCCUGGAUGUGGAGAAGAGCGACAUCAAGGCUGCCCUGGAGGAAGUAGAGGGCACCCUUGAGCUUGAGGAAAGUAAAACACUACGUGCCCAACUGGAGCUGAACCAGUUCAAGGCUGAGGUUGACAGAAAGAUAGCAGAGAAGGAUGAGGAAAUUGACAACCUCCGCCGGAGCCACCAGCGCUCUUUGGAGUCCCUGCAGGCCACCCUGGAUGCAGAGGCCAGAUCCAGGAACGAAGCAGUGCGGCUCAAGAAGAAGAUGGAGGGAGACAUGAAUGAGAUGGAGGUCCAGCUGAACCAUGCUAACCGCCAUGCUGCGGAGUCACAGAGACUACUCCACCACCUGCAGGGCCAGAUCAAGGACCUACAGUUGGAGUUGGACAACCGCAUCCAUCAGAAUGAGGAGCUGAAGGAGCAGUGGAGCCUGACGGAGCGCAGGAACAACCUGCUGGUGGCCGAGGUGGAGGAGCUACGGACCAUGGUGGAGCAGACCGACCGCGGGCGCAGGAUGGCCGAACAGGAGCUGCUGGAGGCCACCGAGAGAGUAAACCUGCUGCACGCCCAGAACACAAACCUGUUCAACCAUAAGAAAAAACUGGAGAGUGACCUGUCCAUGCUGGCCGGAGAGUUGGAGGAGGCUGGACAGGAGUGCCGUAAUGCAGAGGAGAAGGCCAAGAAGGCCAUCACAGAUGCAUCCAUGAUGGCUGAGGAGCUGAAGAAGGAGCAGGACACCAGCUCUCACCUGGAGAGGAUGAAGAAGAACCUGGAGCAGAACAUCAAGGACCUGCAACUUCGGCUGGACGAGGCCGAACAGAUGGCCCACAAAGGAGGGAAGAAACAAAUCCAGAAGCUAGAGAUAAGGGUGAGGGAUCUGGAGGGUGAGCUGUUGUGUGAGCAGAAGAAGAGCGAGGAGUUCCAGAAGGGAGUACGCAGAUAUGAAAGGAGAGUCAAGGAGCUCUCCUACCAGACGGAGGAGGACAGGAAGACCCUGUUGAGGAUGCAGGAGCUCAUUGACAAGCUCCAGGCCAAGGUCAAGAGCUACAAGAGGCAGGCUGAGGAGGCGGAGGAGCAGGUAAACUCUAACAUCAGUAAGUACAGGAAGAUCGUUCAUGAACUGGACGAGGCAGAGGAGAGGGCAGACAUGGCCGAAACCCAGGUCAACAAACUGCGUGUGACUGUGCGCACACGGGACCCCGGGCCAGCAAGGAUGAGCCCAGACAUUAGUAUCGUUAAAACCACACUGUAAUAAUGUCCAGGGGCAGAGCUUCAACCUUGGAAGCCUGCUAGUGUUCCUGUACUUUCAGAUGACUGCAAGGUGUGUUUGACGUGUGUUUUGAAAAAGCAAUGCUUCGUGACAGACCAGCACAAGCCAUUACCAUGUUAAAAGCCGAGAUGCAUAAAUGACCUUUGACAUGACAGUUCAUUGUCCGCUAGAAUACAUUGUAUAACUAAGGUACAUGUGAUGUAGUGCGUUAAAACACUUCAAUAAAGAGACAAGACAGAUUCAAA